UGGUGCAGUGCACUGUUUUUAAGUGGAAUGAGCUGUCGUUAUGAUCUUUUUUAUUGAAAGCUUUUAUUUUCUUGCAACACUCUCUGAGAUGAUCCGGAGAGUAAACUAAUUAGCCGCGGUUGCAUGAGCUUUAUUAUAGUGUUAAGUUUAAGUCCUUUGCGGACAGUCUUUAGCUUCCAGCCAGUCACAUAUUCGUCUUAGCAUCAUGAGGCACUUUGCUCAUCCAGCUGCUCUGGCUUACUCCAUGACAACGCUCGGUGCUGGCAUGAUGAACAGCAUUUUUAGUUUCUAUUAUGUAAAGCUAUUCUUAAAUAAGUACAAAAUAUCAGAGACAGCCUUCCAUCAGUCGCAGGUGGUCUUUAUGAUCUGGAAUGCUCUGAAUGACCCCUUGUUUGGAUAUUUUCAAGACAACUCUCGUAUGGAGUGCUGCUCGCGCCGGAGGCUCUCUAUUUUAUACGGCGCCCCACUGUACUGUCUGUCUUUUCUGCUGGCGUGGUUCCCGUGGAGGACGUACGAGGCGGACGACUGGAUGAGCGGCGUCCACCUCAUGGUGACCCUCUGCGCUUUCGACGGCAUGCUCACAUUCGUGCUGCUAGCCCAGUGCGCCCUCUUCGCAGAAAUCUCCGGGCAUCAUCAGAACAGACUGAGGCUGAUUAAAUACAGCCAGGUGGCGUCUCUGAUGGGCUCCUCCAGUGUGCUCUUCUGUGGUCUCGUCUCCGAAAACAUGGAAAAUUUUCCCGCCUUCCAGGGAUUCAGCGUGGUGGUGGCCAUACUGGCCUGCGUUUGCAUGCUGUACACGGGCUUGAACAGCGAGAGUCGAGUUGACAGCAGAGCCUCUGAAGAAGACUCCCAGAGUCCUCAGAAGCCGCCGCUCUCGCUGUCGUCCGUGAUGUCCAUGACCUGGCAGAUCAUCACCAACCGAGACUUCCAGCUGUUCGUGAUCAUGAACUUCUUCCAGGUCUUCAUGGUGGCCUUCUGCAAUAACUUCACCAUGAUUUUUGCAGAGCACCUCAUUCCUCCGGAUGUCCUGCCAUCGCUUGCCAAGAGCGUCAUGUAUGGAGCUGGAUUCAUCUGCCCUCAGAUGUUGGUUUUGUGCAGCCAGAAUCUGCUCCAUAAGUUUGGCUACUACAGACUCAUUCUGAUCACCUUCUACGUGGAGGCCGGAGCUGCUGUGAUCAUGUUACUGCUGGGUCCAGGCAACUACUAUUUCCUUGCAUUGUUCCUCACUUCCAACAUGGUCUUGGUUCAGGCGGCCUUCAGUCUCUUCAAUUUGCCUCUAGCUGACAUCAUUGACUCUGACCUGCAGAAAUACAAACGCAGCUCUCCUCUCUCGUCUAUGGUUUUUGGGACCAACGCUCUUUUUACAAAGCCGGCACAGUCUUUAGCUCCUAUGCUGGUCGUUUCCGUUCUAAACCAAUAUGGCUACGCAGAAAUGAAGGACGCUGAGAAGGCUGCAGAUCCAAGUGCCCUUCAGUCUCUGCACAGUACCAUGUUUUACCUGGUGUGCGUGGUGCCGCUGUGUGUCUCAGUCCUGCAGGUGUUCGCCUGGAGGCCGUUCUCCAUCAGGGAGAGCCACACAAUAGACUCAAAGUACAUCGAUGGGUGAAGCCGGCUCAUUUCACUUUGUUUGUAUGCGUUCACUUUCAGCACUUGAUUUAUAUUUUGAUUUUUGUUAACUACAGACGUGAGAAAGGGAAUUUUCUAGAUGAAUCUCUUGGUACUGUAAAGCAGGUUUGUUUCUCAGGUGGUAGUUGGUUCUCUAUAUGUACUGUAUCUCAUCACACAAAUCAGAUACAUUAUCUGAAAUAUAGGAAAAUUAUAUGUAUGCAGAGGAAAUGUACAGUCAGCCAGUCCUAUUUUUAAAGUUAGUUUGAGUGUAAAUUAUUUGAUUAUGUGUGAGGAAAGAGAGCGUGGAGUGGAAUUGUUGUGGUUGACCAAUCAGAAUCAAGUAAUUCAAAGAGUUGUGUAAUAAGCUUCUUUUCUGUGACACAAUCUCAAAGCUUUGGAGUCAUAAUUUUUUUUUAUCACUUCACCUUUGAUGAUUGAUUCACACAAAACAUUAAUUUUGAAUAUAUUUAUUUGUUUAUUGGUUAUUGGGAAAGGUUUUGUGAUUGUUGCUAUUUUUCUACGUCAAUAAACUUAACUAUGUGGUCAAAUAA